AUGACCGAUCAGCACGAGCAUCAUCUGGCCAUGGACGACGAGGCUGAGGAAGGCGUUCCCGUGGAACCAGGUCAGCCUGCAGCAGAUCAAGACGAGGACCAAAAUCAAGUUCAAGAAGCCCCAGCACCUCGUCCUGACCUGCAUGCCGUCGAACAGCCGCCGUUUAACCCAGAGUUGGAAGAAGAAGUUUCGGCCAUUCACCGUAAGGUGAACCGACUCGUAGCGAGGACAGAUGAGAUUCCGUCGAUCAAGAAUCGAAUUAGCGUUUCCAAACCAUCACGGGCAACCAAAAAUUUCAAAAGCGACCAAGCACCGAGCACACGGCCAAAAUCAUCCAAAACCUUUCGACGUGAUGAGAGUCUUCUACACGUCGUAGAUCAAAGGACUAUUGGAAUGAAAACGACUUUGGAGAAGACAUUCAAUGGUAUGGAGCAGCUGUACGAGCGAUACGAGGCUCUACUUCGAGAGUUCCAGGAGCAAACGGACCGGCUCCGGGAACUCAUGGCACCAGCACCGCCACGUGCUCGCUCCCCCCAGCCUGGUCCCAGUCAUCAGCAGGAAACUUUAUCAACAACUACGAUGUGCGUUCUGUGA